AUGGUUUCCAACAAUCUUAUUCUGAUUAUGCUAUUUUCACUUAUUAGAAAAUGUUAUGUGGAUAAUUUGAUUAUUUUUAGCAAUGAUUUUGCUGCUCUUACUACUUUCAAACAAUAUUUGUGCUCGUAUUUUCAUAUGAAAGAUCUUGAUGUACUGGAAUAUUUUCUAGGUAUUGAUGUUGCAAGAAAUCUAAAGCAAAAUCAUAAGUUGGCCUCUUCUACUAGCCCUCUUCUUGAUAACGGUGAGCAAUAUCGGAGGUUAGUUGGUCAACUCGUUUAUUUGUCUUUCACUAGAACCGAUUUGGCUCAUUCUAUACAUAUACUUUCUCAAUCUCUCGAUUGGGCUAGUUACCCUCUUACUCGUUGCUCAUUAUCAGGUUGGCUAGUUUUUCUUGGACAUUCUUCCAUUUCAUGGAAAACCAAAAGGCAAGUUAUAGUCUCUAGAUCAUCAGCUGAAGCAGAAUACAGGUCCAUGGCUGUCGUGACUUGUGAACUCAAAUGGAUCAAAGAUGCCAUUCAAGAUGGUACCAUUCGUCCUUUUCAUGUUCCUACUACUACACAACUUGUAGAUAUAUUUACCAAGGCUUUGGGGCAAGCAUAG